CGUUAAACCAAUCAAUCAAUCGCCCUUCCUGAACAUGCUGUGGCGGCUGCCGGCCCCUGUCCGCUCGCUGUUCGCUUCCAAUUUCCGCUCUCUCUCGCGUUCCGCGGCUGGUCCGACUCGACAUGCGGACCCCUUGAGGAUAUUGUUCUGCGGCUCCGAUGAGUUCAGCAUCGCGUCGUUGCGCGCCCUGCACGAUGCGAGCCGUCAUGUGCCAGGCCUCAUUGAGGAAAUCCAUGUCGCCCACCGCCCGGCCAAGCCGACAGGCAGGGGUCUGAAGGUAUUGCGAGAAGUCCCGAUAGCCAAAACAGCGUCCUCCCUUUCCCUCCCCAUCCACACCUUCGACACCUUCACCGGCUGGAAGCCCCCGUUCUCCUACAACCUCGUCAUCGCCGUAUCCUUCGGCCUGCUCGUCCCCCCACGAAUCCUGGGCCUAGCAAAAUACGGAGGCCUCAAUGUCCACCCUUCGUUCCUGCCCGAUCUGCGUGGUUCGGCUCCGGUAGAGCAUGCGAUCCUCAAGCGCCGAUCGCACACCGGCGUGUCCGUACAGACGCUGGAUCCGCACCGCUUCGACGAGGGCGUUGUGCUUGCACAAACCGCCUCGCCAGGAAUACAGAUACGCAAGGAUGAGAGCGCUGAGGGACUCGAGGCGCGGUUGGCGGAUGUCGGGGCGGAGAUGCUUGUCGACGUGCUGAAAGAGGGGAGCUUCGUUCCCCCCCUCGAGAGUCGCGGGUGGUAUUCCGGGCCUACAGACUAUGCGCCGAAAAUCACGAAGCGCGACCGCUUUGUCGAUUUCAAGGCGAUGACUAUGGCGCAGAUACUAGCGGUGCAGCGCGCGCUGGGCGAUACGUGGUGUAUCCUGCCCAACGGCGAUCGGUUGGUCAUGCAUCAGGUCGUCGAGCAGAGCAACACGGUGGACACGGAUGGCGAUGUGCAAUCCGGACUCUGGCACGAGAAGAACGGUGGAGAGCUGCUGUUCCGCUCGGCGUGUGGGCGUGUGGGCGCGAUUGUGUCGAGUACGUAUGCUGGCGGGAAAGCGGGGAAGGGGAAUGCGAAGGUUGGGAAAUUGUUGAGGGAGCAGGGUAAGGCUCAGAAGCUGUUUGGUUAG